AUGGCCCAACAGAAAGCCAUAUAUGAGUAUCUACGAUCGAUAGACUGCUGCCGGGUGUGCUGUUUGCGGUUCCUCAAAGGCACGAAGGAAGACUUUGUAGAUAUUAAUGCGGCAUUAGUUAAGCGCGAGUUAGAACCUGCCUAUGAGACUAACGGAAAUCACAACAUAAAAAAAGUUAAAGAAAACGUAUGUGUCGCCUGUAUGGGAGUAUUCGAUUUGGAUCAUAUCGCUUCUCUGGGUAGCGAGGUGAAAGAUCACACGUCCUACCAACGAUACCAGUGUGAGGCAGGAUUUCUUACGUCGAUAUCCUUACCGAUCGUGUUGCACUUGAGACAGCUUGCGUUAUGGGUUGAUGUACUUGAGCAUUUUCCUGAGUCAUUUGUUCCCGGAACACCGCCAGACAUCCCGGUGAAGGACGCGCUUAAAACCAUAAUUAUUCACCACCUCGAGCAAACGCUCGAUAAACCAUUCUCCGUGGAUGGUGUGAUGGUAAACAUACCCUACACCUACGCCAACGAGCAGGAAGAACUGCGGGUACUAGAGCUGAUCAGUCCCGGAGUGUUCGCAAAUCGCAAAGCUCACAAACACUCGAAAAAAGAUUUUAUCACUAGAAACGCGUUCGAAAAACAUUUCACCCCAAACGGGAUCAAUGUCGAACGGUUCCGGAAGCACUACACGGUGCCUCCGGUUUCAGCUGAGCAGGUUGGGUUAGAACGUGGUGAGCUUACGUUUACGGGACCGACCGUUUUUAUCGCAGGCCGGUACAAUAAAUUCUCUCGUGAGCUCAGUCAAACACCCUGGGUCAUCGAGGGUAAGCGGUUGAUGGAAGGAAGUGUACAAGAAACGAUUGUAGCCGCUAUUGCACCGUACUUUGGAGUGCCAGAUGAGAAGCUCAUCUUUUCCUCAAGCGGGCGGGAAGAUGUCGACGUUCGGUGCCUCGGCGAAGGGCGUCCGUUCGUGUUGGAAAUCCCAGAUGCAAUGCGAGAUGUCCUCUCGGAACAGGUGGCGAUCGACAUGGAACAGCAGGUUGGUAUUUCAAAAACCGUAGCUAUAAGAGACCUUCAGCUGGUAAAACGGGAAGAUCUGGUGCACAUUCGUGGGGACGAGGACAAACGAAAGUUCUACCGGGCACUCUGCGUCACGGUCGAACCCGUCACGGAGGAAAUGAUUCGAAAGCUACGCACCGAUGACCCAUUCGUCAUGCAGCAGGUUACUCCACUGCGAGUCCUUCACAGGAGAGCUCUGCUAGCUCGGCCAAGAACGGUGUAUAGCCUAAAGGCAUUCGCGUGUAAGCAAAAUCCUCACGCAAUGGUGGUUGACAUCGUGUCCCAGGCCGGAACAUACAUCAAGGAGCUGGUACACAGCGAUUUCGGAAGAACGAGCCCGAGCUUCCGGAGCAUGAUCGGUUCGGCAAUCGACAUUCAUGCCCUAGACGUAAUGGCCAUCGAUUUGGACUGGCCACGGAAAUUACGUAGAUGA